GGAGGACCGUUAUCCUCCCUUUCUCCUCCCUCCUCUUACCCUCUGCUACGGAAACGCAAGUGGCUGCCGCGGCAAUUAGUGAACCCCGCCUGCUGGGCUCUAAUUUCUCUGAAUUGUGCUCCUUAUAUACAACCCCCCUCCGCAGCUGAAGAAACUUGUCUCCAGUGGCUGCAGGUCUGCUCGUCCAGAAAACGCCCUAUUAUACUUGUUCAAUUAUUCUAACCUCGCGAGAGCUUAGAGUUAGACCCCUCCGGGGCUGGUUUUGACGGGCAGGGAAUUAGGAGCUCAGUCGGUCACACUGACCGGUAACAAGCCCGGCGACAGCCAUGGAUCCCUUCAGGUUCUGUUUGAUGUUAUCACUCUACAUGAAGUUUGGAAGUUCUGUCUUCUCAAGUAAUGCGCCUCAAGCUCCUGCGCCUAUUCCUAAUGAAAAGCUGGUGGUCUUAACUGUGGCAACUAAGGAAACAGAUGGCUUCCAGCGCUUUAUGCAGACCGCCAGUUAUUUCAACUACACUGUGAAGGUCUUGGGAAUGGGAGAGAUGUGGAAAGGCGGUGAUGUUGGUCGUUCUAUUGGUGGAGGGCAAAAAGUCAGACUACUGAAGGAGGCCAUGGAGAGUCUGGCUGCUCAGGAAGAUCUUGUCGUUUUGUUUGUGGAUAGUUAUGACCUUAUCUUCGCUGGGGGACCAGAGGAGAUUCUCAAGAAGUUCCAACAAGCCAAUCACAAAGUGCUGUUUGCUGCAGAGGGAGUGAUAUGGCCAGAUAAGAGGCUCGCUGACAAGUACCCUUUAGUCCGAAGUGGCAAGCGCUACCUAAACUCUGGAGGUAUUAUUGGCUAUGCCCCGUACGUAAACAGACUAGUUUCACAGUGGGAUCUCCACGACAAUGAUGAUGACCAGCUCUUUUACACAAAGAUUUACCUGGAUCCAUUGAAACGAGAAUUUCUGAACAUGACUCUGGACCACAAGUGCCAGAUUUUCCAGAAUCUGAACGGGGCUGUCGAUGAGGUGCUUCUUAAGUUUGGAACCGACAGAGUACGAGUGAGAAACACAGCGUACAAUUCUUUACCUGUUGUCGUCCACGGAAAUGGAAACACUAAAAUGUACUUGAACUACCUGGGGAACUACGUCCCCAACGCAUGGAAUUAUGAACAUGGGUGCAGCCACUGUGACGACGAUCUUCUGGAUUUGUCUCAGUUACAUGAGUAUCCAGACGUGCUGGUCGGAGUGUUCAUUGAACAGCCAACUCCAUUCCUCCCUGAAUUCUUCCAGAGACUGCUCACUCUAGACUAUCCAAAAGAUAAACUGAAACUCUUUGUUCAUAACAACGAGGUUUAUCACGAGAAGCACAUUCAGAGGUUCUGGGAGGAGAAUAGGGAUGUGUUCAAGAGCUUCAAAGUUGUGGGACCAGAGGAAAAUUUGAGCCAAGGAGAAGCCAGGAACAUGGGAAUGGAUCUUUGCCGCAACGACGCUUCAUGUGGCUACUACUUCAGCCUAGAUUCCGAUGUCAUGCUCACCAACCGGCAAACGCUGAAGCUCCUCAUUGAACAAAACAGAAAAGUCAUUGGACCACUUGUCACUCGUCACGGCAAGCUCUGGUCAAAUUUCUGGGGAGCCUUGAGUUUGGACGGCUAUUAUGCACGAUCUGAGGAUUAUGUUGACAUUGUACAAAGGAAACGAGUGGGUGUGUGGAACAUUCCUUUCAUGGCGCACAUAUACCUCAUCAAGGGAACUGUAUUGAGGAAUGAACUUAAAGAAAGGAAUCAUUUUGUUCUGGAGAAACUGGACCCAGAUAUGGCUUUGUGUAGAAACUCCAGAGAAAUGACCAGUCACAGGGAAAAAGACUCCCCUUCUCCGGAAUCAUUCCAUAUGCUCAGGUCCCCAAAGGGAGUAUUCAUGUACAUAACCAACCGUCAUGAGUUUGGGAGGCUCAUUUCCACAGCUAAUUACAACGUAUCUCGUUACAACAACGACUUGUGGCAGAUAUUUGAAAACCCUGCGGACUGGAAGGAGAAGUACAUCCACCCAAACUACACACAAAUUUUCACUGAGAACCAGUUGGAGGAGCCUUGUCCAGAUGUGUUCUGGUUCCCGGUGCUCUCAGAGAAGGCGUGUGAUGAAAUAGUUGAGGAGAUGGAGCAUUAUGGUUUAUGGUCUGGAGGCAAACAUGAGGACAAGAGGAUCGCUGGAGGCUACGAGACAGUUCCGACGGAUGACAUUCACAUGAAACAAAUUGGCUUUGAUAAGGAGUGGCUGCACUUUCUCCGGGAGUUCAUAUCGCCCGUCACAUUGAAGGUUUUCUCCGGUUAUUACACAAAGGGAUACGCAUUGAUGAACUUUGUAGUUAAAUACACACCCAACAGACAGGCCUUCUUGAGGCCCCAUCACGACUCCUCCACCUUCACCAUCAACAUCGCUCUCAACAACAAGAAUACUGAUUUUCAGGGUGGAGGCUGCCGUUUCCAUCGGUACAACUGCUCCAUAGAAUCACCAAGAAAAGGCUGGAGCUUCAUGCACCCAGGACGCCUGACUCAUCUCCACGAAGGUCUACCCACAACCAAUGGCACUCGCUACAUCGCUGUGUCCUUUGUUGAUCCUUGAACUGUCCUUCAAUGCCCUGCUAUAAA